UGACGUAACACACAGUAGGCGUGUGCUUGGCGGAGGUAUUGUAGGUAGCCCCGUACGAAGAAACAGAUCGGUUUCGCGGUAUAAAUACACUGUAAUCAGCUCGGCAUCUAUUCUGACUGCUGUAUAUUAACGCUUUGACCAUAAGGACGUGUUAAUCAGAUAGCAGUGAAUAUGCUGCUGCGUACAGUGAGCCUCAGUCCGGCUUUCUGCGGUGCUGCUCUCCGCUUCCCCAUCUCGGUAGCCGGGUGUAAACGGCCGGUCGGCGUAGCAGCAUUGCAGAAUGCCCGUCUCUAUGCAAGCCAGGCCGCGGAGGCAGUUCUGGAGAAGCCGGCGGUUGCCAGCGACACCGUUGCCAAGACCGAAACUGAGAGGAAACCGGUCGGCCUGGAAUCCAAGUCCUUUGCUGUAAACAUGUUCAAGGGUCAGAUAAGCACCGCCCAGGUCUUUCCCUUCCCUUCAGUGCUAAACGAGGAGCAGUCCGAGUUCAUCAGAGAGCUGGUUGGCCCUGUCUCCAGGUUCUUCACUGAGGUCAACGACCCCGUGAAGAACGAGACCCUGGAGAUGGUGGAGGAGAACACCAUGGCAGGGCUGAAGGAGAUGGGGGCCUUUGGUCUGCAGGUUCCCGCCGACCUGGGGGGGCUCGGUCUCAACAACACGCAGUAUGCCCGGCUGGUGGAGAUCGUGGGCAUGCACGACCUGGGGGUGGGAAUCACCCUCGGCGCCCACCAGUCCAUCGGCUUCAAGGGAAUCCUGCUGUUCGGCAACAAGGCCCAGAAGGAGAAGUACCUACCCAAGCUGGCUCAGGUGAGCCACCUGGCCGCCUUCUGCCUGACGGAGCCGGCGAGCGGCUCGGACGCUGCGUCGAUCAGGACGACGGCCGUGCCCUCGCCCUGCGGGAAGUACUAUACGCUGAACGGGAGCAAGAUCUGGAUCAGCAACGGCGGCCUGGCCGAGAUCUUCACCGUGUUCGCCAAGACUGCGGUGAAGGACGAGAAGACCGGGGAGAUAAAGGACAAGAUCACGGCGUUCAUCGUGGAGAGGGGCUUUGGCGGCGUGACGAGUGGCCCCCAAGAGAAGAAGAUGGGCAUCAAGGCGUCCAACACGGCUGAGGUGUACUUCGACAGCGUGCGCGUGCCGGCCGAGUGCGUGCUGGGCGAGGUGGGCGGCGGCUUCAAGGUGGCCAUGAACAUCCUGAACAACGGGCGCUUCGGCAUGGCGGCGGCCCUGGCGGGCACCAUGAAGGGCGUCAUCGCCAAGGCGGUGGACCACGCUGUCAACAGGACACAGUUUGGCAACAAGAUCCACAACUAUGGCAUCAUCCAGGAGAAGAUGGCGCGCAUGGCCAUGCUGCACUAUGUCGCUGAGUCCAUGGCCUACAUGGUCAGCGGCAACAUGGACAGCGGGGCCUCGGAGUUCCAGAUCGAGGCCGCCAUCAGCAAGAUCUUCGCCUCCGAGGCGGCCUGGGACGUGACGGACGAGUGCAUCCAGAUACUGGGAGGCAUGGGCUUCAUGAAGGAAGCGGGCGUCGAGCGGGUGAUGAGGGACCUGAGAAUAUUCCGGAUCUUCGAGGGGACCAACGACAUCCUGCGGCUGUUCGUGGCGCUCAACGGCUUCCAGAAUGCCGGCAAUGAGCUGAAGGGCCUGCAGAAGGCGCUGAAGAACCCAGUUGGCAACCUGGGACUGCUGACCGGAGAAAUCGGCAAAAGGGUCAGGAGGAAGGCGGGUCUGAGUUCAGGGCUCACGCUGCAGGGGACUGUGCAUCCAGAUCUUGCCCAGAGCGGGGACCUGGUGGUGAAGGCCAUCGAGCAGUUCGGCCUCACUGUGGAGGAGCUGCUGCUGAAACACGGCAAGAAGAUUAUUGAUGAACAGCUGGUGCUGCAGAGGGUGGCGGACGGAGCCAUCGAUCUCUAUGCGAUGGUGGUCGUGCUCUCCAGGGCUUCCCGCUCGCUGAGCCAGGGUCUCCCCUCCGCCCAGCACGAGAAGAUCCUGUGUGAGACCUGGUGUGUGGAGGCCCAUGACAGGAUCAUGAAGAACAUGAAGGAGCUCAGGUCCAGCUCCAGCAAACAGAUCUACAGGAACAUCAAAAACAUCUCUGCGGCGCUGGUGGAGAACGGGGGAGUUGUGACCCCCAACCCCCUGGGCUUCUAAUGUUCUGUACACACACACACACACACGCGUGCACAGUGCCUGUCCUGUGUGUGGUCACACUGCGCACACACACCCUGACUUGCUUCCUGGACAGUGUGUUUAGGUGAAUAUGGAAUCUGUUGGGUUUAAAGAGGUCUGAGUUUGAUCUGGAUCAGAAGGGAACUGAAGGAGUUGUAUGAUAUAUAAAUAUUUACUAAUGUUAUGCUGUUAUGAAUAAAGGGCAGAAGGUUUUGGUAAGUAUUAACAUGCUGUAAAAUUUUUAAAAGCAGGUACGCAGAUUUGCUUGGUCAUCCUGUAACAGUUGCUUUAUUUUUUUUGGAAAGUCAUAUCAUGCAUUUUUUUGUUUCCCAUAAAUGAAGCUAAUUUCGUGUCUGUGGCUGAUCUCCAGCACGUUCUCUCAGACUUACGAAGGAAUCUCCCUCCCUCCAUUUCUGUGGCUGCUGGGCUGUCCAAAUGCCGCCCUUUGACCUCUGUUACAAAACUGGAGGUCAGAGGUUAGCCAGACGAGAGAACCCUCCUGCACUGCCGGCAUAACCUGGGAUUACUCAAACUGAAUGAAGCAGUGUUUAUCAUUGUUACUCGUGUGUCUUAUGCUACUCACGUAAUUCUCUAUUUGUUCACCGUCCUCUGAACAGGAACCGAUGGAAUUAUUUUAUUUAGGCAGCAGCUCCUGCUCUGGCCGUCCAGCUGCUCGAAUGUCUAAUUACUGUUAAAAAUAAGCUACGUGUCCAGCAGCUGAACUCCCAGUGCUUGUGCAGUAUGUAAACAGUUCAGCGUGUGAAUAUGCUAAUGUCCCUCCAGCUGUUCUGUCUUUCAGUUGCGUUUCUAGUAAACUACCCUGCAUCCUGGGUGUGUUUUAAUCGCAA